CACAUACUCAUCAGUUCCCACAAUCUCACUGGUUCCUACAAACUCACCAAUUCUUUGAAAUCAAUAUCGAGUAUUAGGGUUACGUGGUUCGGGAGCAUGCGAAGCUAGGGUUCGGGGGCUCUAAAAGCAGAUCUUUUCUAUCUGUGCGCAUUGAAUUUCUUUCUCUGACUUACGCGUGAAGUUUUGUGGGCGAGCAGAACAUCGGGGUGAGACGGACAUUGGGAAGGCAGGGCAUGGUGGGGAUGAAAACUCACUAAAACGAGCGAGCGAUCGAGAUGGAUGCGCAGGUGGGAUCCGUAGGCGAUCAGCGCAGCUCUGUUGCGGAAUCUUCGAACGAAUUGGGCGAAGAUUCUAGGGUUGCCAAGGAUGGCUCAGAAGAUGUCAUCGCGCAAGGACUUGCUGCUGUGUUGGGUCCCGUGGUGCGGGAAUUUGAUGCAAGGGUAGAAGGAGCUCUCAAGAGCCAGAGCUUGCUAACCGGGAGCAUUGAUCGUCUCACCAAAGAGCUAGAUAAGCUGUUAGAAGAUACCCCUAUUCCAACGGUAGCACAACACGCUGCCAAGCUAUCUGAUGUUCGAAAGCGUGUGGCAUCGCUCAUGUCUACCCUGCGUGUUAUUCAAGGACGUAUCACAAACAUGGACCGGAUGUUGAAUGCCCGAGGUGUGUGUAUUUUCUUGCACCUCUUGUAGAUGCGAGCACGUCACCUUUGCAUCCCAGACCAUCGCCAUCGCCAUCUCCACCACCAGGAAAUGCAGCCCCAGGGCGUUGUUAAUCCAAGUAUCUGGUGCCGUGGAAAGCAGCUUCUUCAACUGGAACCGGUGGAAAGGGCACUUGAUCAUGCCUGGAACUUAGGAGGCUGUGUAUUACCUCGUGCAUGAUAUUAGCUGCAGAAAGUUUUCUGGUUCGGAGCUCACAUUGCUCAAGAAUAGGUACGGCUCAUCGAAAACCAUUGUAAGUGUCGACAGUGCGUUGAAUCUUCUGUCUGUGUGGGAGCCGAAAGUAAAUGCUCAUGUUCGAGUGGGAAAAAGAAGCAUCCAAUCUGAGAAUUCCAAUCGCAACAUCCAUACAGACGGAUAAUCCAGCCCAGGCCUAAACCCGUCUUCUUUUUACUUUUUAAUUGGUCUUUGCCAAUCGAUUGUUUCGUAGUUUGAUCAAUAUGUACUGUAUGAAACAGACCUGUGAAUAUGAACUAGCAUUUCAAGUCGUUUUGGUUCUUCUUCGGACCUGCAAGUUAUCUUUGAAAAGAAAAUUUUAUGUACUCCUGAUCCUAUUUCAUUUUUUAAGUUGACAUUCUGCUCUUUCACUUAACAUUAAA